AUGGAGCCAAGUCCAAUCAAUCCGGUUCCCGCCAACACUGUGACUGUUCACAUUCACGGGAGUCCCGUCGACACCGAGACCGUUCACAUUCACGGGAAUCCCAUUGGUGCCGGGACCAUUCAAGUUCACAAGAGUAUGCAGACCGGGAUUCAGAUUCCCCAGAAGGGCAACAUCCCCAAGGGUUCCAUUCAUGGCUUUGCCGAGUUGAUCCAGGAAUUCGGUGUCCAGUUUGUAACCUAUAGCCAGGUACCACAACCAGUUAACGCAUUACUAUCUACGAAAAUGAAGUUUGGAGAAACCCUUCAUAGUUAUGCCAGUCGGUAUUGGGAGCUUUAUAAUGAGAUUGGUGGAGGCAACGAGAAAAUUGCGGCGAGCACCUUUAGAAUGGGGCUGCCUGAAGACUCCGAACUACGGGAGUCAUUGACCAGGAAGCCUCCUAAGGAUAUGAGGCAGCUUAUGAGGCGUAUUGAAGAGUACAAACGCCUAGAAGAUGACCGACUACAGAGCAAAGGUAAAGCUCUGUUAGUAAGUCGUCUUCAGCAGGGCGGUUUCCAGUCGAGGUCCCGAAAGGAUUUGAGAAUACAAGAGUCGGAGGUACAACUAGGGGAGGUGAACGUGACAUUUAAGGAGUCAGUGCACAAGAUUAUAGACCGAAUCAAGAACGAGUCGUACUUUUAA